UACGCUGUCCUGGGUGGAGUGUGAGCAAAGGAACCGCUCAGUUCUGGCUACUUCUCUCGUUACAGGCUAUUGCUAUUAAAACCCAACCGAGCUGUUUUCCUCGACAUUUCACACAGAUUCUUCUCGUUUACUGGAAUUACAAGGAACCAAGUGAGUGGACGAGAUUCCUCAGUGAGGUAAUAUCUACGAAGACAUAUGUGAUCUGUUGGUUGAAGUAAUACUCAAAUAAUAUAAAGGUCACCAGGUGACCGUUCCUCAAGGUUGACAAAAGUGCCGUUUGUUUUCGUGACAGAAAAGUGUAAUUUAUAAAUUCUUAAACAGAAAAUAUCAUAAAUAUUAUCGAAGAGUUCAGUGUGUGUUCCUUUCACCAUCUUCAUGAUUUGAAAAAUUGUAUAUAAUGUCAAACAUGAUUGCUGUAUUCUUUACAUAAAUUAUGGUACUCUGAUGUAUCAAAAAUAAAUGAAAAAUAGAUAUCUAUUAAUUGUAAUUACUGUUUACUAAAAACACUAAAAAGCGCUGUGUAUAUUUAUAACAUGUUAAUGAAGUAUUGCAUAAUGUAUUUGAAAUUUUAAAUCUUAAAGCAAAGUUGAAAAAAAAAUUCAUAUACUAUUGUUUAAUGAAAGAAAAGCCAUGCUCUGUCGUUCAAGUUUAGUACAGAAAAAAUGACAAGAACAUUUAAGUAGCAAAACAUAAAAAAAAAAAUUUAAAAAAAAAUUCGUGUGAUUUUAUAAGGGAGUAUUCAUUCACCUUCAGUAACGCAUAUAAUUAUUGAAAAUUCAAAUUGCUUAAAUAACGCACAGAAAAUACAACCAGAGCCAAACCCACUUAACAAAAAUCUAGGAAAAAAAAAAAAAAAACUUGAAAAACAAGUGAAGCAAGCUAUUUUCUCGCUCGACGCGAACUUCCCCACAGCAGGACACAGACACGAUGUCGUCGGUCAUCAGUCCUACCUACACGGCCACGGAGACGACCUAUAUCCUGCAGGACCCUGCAGGAGCCCAACAGCCGCCCAAGCCUGAGCUGGCGACGCCAGACUCCCCGCCGAAGAUCCCCAAGGGCCUGGCGGGAUGCGAGGAGGAGCUGGAGGACCCCAAGAGGGAGAAGAGCUCCAUUUCCUUCACCAGCUUCAAUUACAUCAACUCCAUCGUGGGCAGCGGAGUCAUAGGUAUGCCCUUCGCCCUCCACGCAGCCGGCUUUGGCGUUGGGCUCCUCCUCCUCGUGCUGGUGGCCAUCAUCACGGACGUGGCCCUGUGCCUCAUGAUCGCCGUCACCAGGACGGCGCAGGUCAACACUUACCAGCACCUCGUCAGCGCUGCCUUCGGGAGACCUGGGUUCAUCAUCACUACCUGUCUCCAGUUUCUCUAUCCCUUCAUAUCUCUGAUCAGCUACAACAUCAUCGUGGGGGACACCAUGACGAAGGUGUUGAUUCGAGUGACGGGGAUCGCCGAGGAGUCGGUUUUGGCCAAGAGGGAGUUCAUCGUGGCCACUGCGACGCUUCUCAUCACCCUCCCUCUCUCGCUCUACAGAAAUAUCACCCGACUGGCCAAAAUCUCUCUCGUCUCCGUGCUCAUGAUCGUCCUCAUUAUGAUCUCUAUGAUGGUGAAGUUGGGCGAAAUGAAGGACACAGUACCCCCCACAAGCGACGCCUUUAGUUUCGGAGGCUCGAAUCUGGCGUCGGCCGUUGGGAUCAUGAGCUUCGCCUUCAUGUGUCACCACUCGAGUUUCCUGGUUUACGAAUCGCUCGCCGAUAAUACGCAAGAGAGAUGGAACAAAACAACUCACAUCUCCAUCGUUUCUGCAGCCAUCUUGAGUCUGGGGUUUGCCGUGUCAGGGUAUGUCACCUUCACAGGUCACGUGCAAGGCGACAUCUUCGAGAACUACUGCUGGGGAGACGACCUGAUGAACGUGUGCCGGGGCUUCUUCGCCGUCACCAUCCUGCUGACGUUCCCGAUCGAGUGCUUCGUGGCCAGGGACGUCCUCGAGACAGCGUUCUUCCAGGACUACCAGCCCCAGCCGUUCUUCCGCCACGCCGUUCUCUCCGUUCUCAUCGCCAUCCUCUGCAUGCUGUUCUCCUUCACCACCGACUGCCUGGGGAUCGUGCUCGAGCUGAACGGAAUAAUGUGCGCUGUUCCCCUAGCCUACAUCCUGCCAGCCUUCAGCUACAUCCGCCUUGAAGAAGGAGGCCUUUGGACGCGAGCCAAGCUUCCCGCCUGGGGCGUGGCGCUCUUCGGCGUCGUGUCCUUCGUGGUAGGGACGGUGUCCAUCAUCAGGAACAUCGACGUCCUCUCCCAGUGCUCUCACGGCGUCCAGAUGCCUUACUGCUUCCAGGAGAAAAACGUCACCACGGCUGAGCUCUGAAGGGCUUCGCCCCUGAGCAAUAGCACGGCUGGAAGUGCUAGGUACGCCUUGGUUGCUGAAGGCUGAAUUUCACUGGAAAGUCUGGAGCAAAGUAAAUCUGCGUUUAUCACAGUCAGUUGCUCUGUUGAUGACAUUCCCGACGGUGUUACACUGGAAAGGGUUCACGACGCAUAGCCCAAACGCACCCAAAAUUCAAUGGCUGUCUUUUCCUGUGGAGUAAACUUUUCUCGAUUCAAAAUAUGAAUAUUAUUAUUAUUAUUAUUAUUAUUAUUAUUAUUCAGACGAUGAAACCUAUUCAUGUGGAACAAACCCACAGGGGCCACUGACUUGAAAUUCAAGCUUCCAAAGAAUAUUAUGGUGUUCAUUAGGAAGAAAUAAGAGGAGUUAAAGGGAAAUACAGAAAGAAGAGUUCCCACUUAUUGAAAAAGAAAAAAAAUGAAUGAAUAAAUUAACAAGGCCUCAUUCCUUCACAAAUACUAGAGUUAUCCAGUAAAUUGGAGCUUAGGCUCUAUUACACGUCAGAUAAUGCAAUCAGAAUUUCAAAUAACGCGAAUGAGCAAUUGAUAAGGUUAGUUUGGGGAUUAAGAGGUAAAGGAGAAUCAAUGACAAAACAGAUCAUCUGUUUUUCCCGUGGAGCGGAAGAGAUUCAUAUGUUUUUUUUUUUUCUUUCUUUUUUUAGUUGUGCAAGGAUUUUGGUUAAGAGACAUGCGUACGUAAGUUCGUUUAAUUUAUAAAAAUGGC